CCCACAAGUUGUAUCCAUAAGCAGAUGCAUCACGUAUCGGUUACUCAAGUUUGUCGGUGAGCGCUAUAGAUAAGCUUGCUGCGCUGUGCUCGGAUUACUUAGAGGAUCGCGAGACCUACUACUCGAAAAGGUUUAGAAAGCAAGCUCCGUGGCAAGACAUGGGAGGAACCAAUUAUCCAGGCCGCCGCACACGGACCGUCGCUAGCAAUGUUUCUUCAAUUGUAGCCGCCGACCUGAUGGAAGCAUGAUUCACCAUAGCAUCAGAUCCGACAGUUGAAGCGCGUACUUUUGCCAGUGUUCAAGUGAAAAGAAGUGGCAAAAAUUUCUUGUAUCUUCCCCACGUUGCUGCGGUUGAAUGGUUGUCUCAAUAAACGUAACUCAAGCUGUAGGUCUCGUAUGCGAGGCGCUUCUGUAUGGAGUCUACUGCGUACUAUUCAUCACCUCUGUCGUAAUUCUCAUCAAACGCUAUCGAGUGUCUAACCGAGUGAUUUGGGCUGCAAACUGUCUCUUGUUUACAACAUCGACGGCUCAUUUUGCGUUGAUGUUCAACCACUUCUAUAUCGCACUCGAAAAUGCUCCGUUCGCAGACUUCGGAAACGAAACUCCUGAAUUGAUGGGAGCAAAUUUGAUGAUUUCUGUGGUCGACGUCAUCGGAGACUUGCUCUUACUCUAUCGAUGCUGGCUUGUCUGGGGGAAGAAUUUUUACGUGAUUGUUCUCCCUCUGCUCACUGCUCUUGGGGGCUUCGGGUGUAUCUUACCCAUACCAUCCCUUUUAAUGUCAAUUGACCCGACAUCACCAGUUCCUCCAUCUCAGAUCGUACCGUUGACUAUUGCCGGAUAUGUUUUGCCUCUUUGCACAAACAUUAUGGUCACUGUGCUCAUCGCUGGUCGCCUCUGGUACAUAUCUCGGAUUCCCGUCGUCGACGAACAUGGAAAGCCAGUGAUUUUGAAAAUCGCGGCUGGCGGGCGCCCGAUGAUGCUAAUCAUCGAAAGCGGUGCUCUGUACAUGGUCACGCAACUCAUCUUUGUCGUCCUCGUAGCCACCCGAAAUCCUGCUGAAGCGGUAUUAAGUCUAGCUGGGACACAGAUAUAUUAUGAGGGUAUUGCGUCCACCUUGAUUAUAAUUCGUGUUGGACUGGGCAUUUCGUCUGAGCAGACUAUGUCGGCGAUGACGAUGACUCAAGUGGAGUUUCGUUCCCAGCGACAGGAUGAGACAGGGACGCGCUCAGUUGGCACGUGGAGAAAUGAUCGCUCAUUUAGCUCUCCAUUAGCUGCCCAAUCGGAUGUGGAACAGUGGUGAUUGGAUCAACCUGGAUCUUUGAUAGUUUGAACGGAUAUGCAUGCAUGUAGAAGGGCUAUAUGAUGCAAUCGCUUACAAUUUAGGCAUAGCACGGAUACGGGAUUGAUUGGCAAGCAAGCAAGUGACCGUUGGCCUCUACCUGAGGUCCUUGAAUACCUGCGGGUCUUUCUUCACUCACUCAGACCUUCUGAGUCCACAAGUUGUAUCCGUAAGCAAUCACAUAUUGGUAUUCAAGUUUGUCGGUGAUCGCUAUAGGUUUAGAACUUAAGGGCAGUGCUCCUGGCCACCGACCCGACGGAAUUAUGAUUCACCAUAGCACUAGAUCCGACAGUUGAAGCACAUACUUUUGCCAGUCUUCAAGUGAACAUUUUACUGUAUCUUCCCCACGUUGCUGCAGUCGG